CAAAUUUACAAUGCCGUAGUGGCCCGUAUUACUGUCUUCCCGUCCAAGACUCUUAACAAACAAAUUCCUCCAUCGUCAUCUUUCUUCUCCUUCUGAAUUGCUCACUAUCUUCCUUUUCGAUUUUCUAUUCUUUUCGCCGCCCCCUUUAUACUUUUUCUCUCCACUUUUUCUUCUGUCAUCUUCUCCCGCCACUUUCUUCUACAUUUUUCGAAUCAAAUUCUUCAUUUUUUUUCAAUCUAAUAGUGCUCCAAGUACCUCGCCUUAUUGCAAUUUCAUGUAGCUGAAUUGUGUGCUAUACAUAAUUUUUUUUGGAAAUUCCAUCUGAUUCUUCAAUGGCGGCGGCUUCUAAACGGGCGAUUCAAAUCGGUUUGAGUUCGAGUAGGUUAUUCGCUAAAUCGAGAGAUUUUGCCCCUGUGAAUCCGCAGAUUAGCCGAUUGACUCCUAUUUUGCGGCAGUAUUCUGAGCUUCAAGCUCCUAAUGCAAAACAGCGUGGAAUUCCUUUCGAUACUUUAGCACUGGUGAGAAGUUUAGAAAAACAAGGUGUUCCGCAAAAGCAGGCUGAGGCAAUAACAUCUGCCAUCAUUCAUGUUUUGGUUGAUAGCAUGGAAAAUAUGUCACAAUCCUUUGUUUCUAAAUCAGAAAUGGAAAAGACAGAAAUGCUUCAAGAUUCAAAUAUUUCUAGAUUUAAAGGUGAAGUACAAAGCUCUCAGGAUCAUCAUUUUUCCUUGUUGCAAAGAGACACUGAAAAGCUUCAGGGUAAUAUAGAAAAGCUGCGUAGUGAGCUGAAGUAUGAGAUUGACAAGGUAACAGCUGGACAACGUUUGGAUUUAAAUCUUGAGAAAGGGCGUAUACGUGAUGAACUUGCUAAUCAAAAAGCAGAAAACAGCAGCCUUACGAGUAAACUCGAUCGAGAAAUUAAUGCGCUGAAAGCUCAACUAGAAGCUGGAAAGGUUGAGUUGAUCAAGUACUGUACCGUUACUCUUUUUUCCACUGCUGGUCUUGGUGCUGCAUUAUUUCGGAUCCUCAUGUAGAUGCAAUUCGGUAAGUGGAAUGGCUACAAGGACUGCAUACCUACUCUUCUCAAGACCACUAGGAGCUUAUGGCCAUAUUUGUACGUAAAAAGUUAAAAUUCAUUCUUAUCUUUUUUUGCCGGUAUUUUAAUGUGAUUACAUCUUAGUUAGCCCCUUCAUUUAUUAACAUUGAAUUCCUGAUGCAAGAAUGGAUAUCCGUACAGAAUUUACGGUCUAAAAUCUGUGUAGUUUUUAAUGAAUGAAUUCGAUUUUUAGAAAAGCUGAAGAUUGAAUUGAGAAAGAAGUAAGAAUAAAAGUCA